AUGAACGGCAUGAUGCAACCACAGAUCAUUUUGCUGAAGGAAGGCACGGACACGAGCCAGGGUAAGGCUCAGCUCAUUAGCAACAUCAAUGCCUGCCAAGCCGUGAUGGAUGCUGUGCGCACGACUCUCGGACCACGCGGUAUGGACAAACUCAUCCAUACUGGGGGCAAGACCACUAUCUCCAAUGACGGCGCCACGAUCAUGAACCUGUUGGAUGUGGUGCAUCCGGCCGCCAAGACACUAGUGGAUAUAUCACUCUCACAGGAUGCAGAGGUGGGCGAUGGCACCACGUCUGUUGUUCUGAUGGGCGCUGAGUUCAUGCGACAGGCCAAGCCCUUCAUUGAGGAGAAUAUGCACCCGCAGACAAUCAUCAAGAGCUUCCGCAAGGCAGGCCAACUGGCUGUACAGAAGAUAAAGGAUAUUGAGAUUCGCAUAGCUCAAUCGGAUGAAAUGGGUCGUCGUCAAAUGCUGGAGCGUGUUAGUGGUACGGCUCUCAACUCGAAGCUUAUCUCGCGACACAAGCAGUUCUUUUCUCCGAUGAUUGUUGAUGCAGUGUUGAGUCUGGACGAGGGACUGGACAUUAGCAUGGUUGGCAUCAAGAAGGUGCCGGGUGGAUCAGUCACUGAUUCUUUCUUGGUCAAGGGUGUCGCGUUCAAGAAGACGUUCUCGUACGCUGGCUUCGAGCAGCAGCCCAAAACAUUUGUGAACCCAAAGAUUCUACUACUAAAUGUUGAGCUGGAGCUCAAGUCGGAGAAGGAGAAUGCCGAAGUACGUCUGGAUGAUCCCUCUAAGUACCAGUCCAUUGUAGAUGCCGAGUGGAACAUCAUCUAUGAGAAACUGGAUCUAUGCGUGAAGAGCGGCGCUCAGAUCAUUCUGUCCAAGCUGCCUGUGGGUGACCUGGCGACACAGUACUUCGCCGACCGCGGCCUUUUUUGUGCAGGACGUGUCGCGCAGGACGAUAUGGCACGUACGCAGCGUGCCACGGGUGGUGUAGUGCAGACUUCGGUGCACGACAUGAAUCCGUCGGUACUCGGCUCAUGCGGUCGCUUUGAGGAGCGUCAGGUCGGCAACGAGCGUUACAACAUCUUUAUGGAGUGUGCAGAGGCAAAAAGUUCGACUAUCGUACUUCGUGGUGGUGCUGAGCAAUUUAUUGAGGAGGCUCACCGGUCUGUACACGAUGCGCUCAUGGUUGUAAAACGCGCUGUGGCUUCGUCUACGGUGGUGGCGGGUGGUGGUGCGAUCGAGAUGGAGGUAUCACGCUAUCUGCGUCAGUACGCGCGUACUAUUGAGGGCAAAGCACAGUUGUUGGUGAAUGCGUACGCCAAGGCAUUCGAGAUCAUUCCCCGCCAAAUCGCAGAGAACGCCGGCCACGACGCGACUGACAUUCUGAACCGCCUGCGUCAGAAACAUUUUAAAGACCCUGAGGAAGGCAAGUGGUUUGGCGUUGAUAUCACCACGGGUGGCAUCUGUGACACAUAUGAGUCGCACGUGUGGGAACCUGCUGCCAACAAGAUUAACUCGAUUGCAGCAGCAACGGAGGCUGCAUGCCUCAUCCUUUCGGUUGACGAGACCGUGCGCAACCCAAAGUCGGAGCAGCCGCAGGCUGGUUCUGGUGGCGGUGCACCAAUGAGCGCUGCUAUGGGUGGUCAAGGCAUGCGUGGUAUGAUGGGUGGAGGCCGAGGAGGUCCUAGUGGUAUGGGCCGUGGCGUGCGCGCUUUUUCGGGGCAAGGGUGGCGCAUAAGUGCUGCAUUUGCCAGCUGCUGCGCCAUAGGUAGAUACGGUGUAGCUUGGCAUCUGAUUGAACAAGGCUGCACGCUUGGAAAGGCCCUCAACCUUGACUUGUGGGGAUAG